AUGGACGGCCUGGACAACGCCACCCUGCUCCUUGACCCGUCCUCGCUGCUGCCGGACAACUUCACCCUGUCGCCCAACGCCAGCAGCCCGAGCACCGGCACCCUGUCGCCGCUCACUGCCGCCUCCAGCCCCGGCCCGGGGCUCAGUCUCGCUCCGAGUGCGAGCAUGGGUUUCAGCCCCGGGCCGAGCCGGACCCCGGAGCCCACGAGCAGCAGCCUCGCGGGUGGCGUGGCCGGCCAGGGCUCCUCCUCCGCUUUCCCCCGGCCCUGGGUCCCCCACGAGCCCCCGUUCUGGGACACACCGCUCAACCACGGGCUGAACGUGUUCGUGGGAGCCGCCUUGUGCAUCACCAUGCUGGGCCUGGGCUGCACCGUGGACGUGAACCACUUCGGGGCACACGUCCGGCGGCCCGUGGGCGCGCUGCUGGCCGCGCUCUGCCAGUUCGGCUUCCUGCCGCUGCUGGCCUUCUUGCUGGCUCUCAUCUUCAAGCUGGAUGAGGUGGCCGCGGUGGCGGUACUCCUAUGUGGCUGCUGUCCCGGCGGAAAUCUCUCCAACCUGAUGUCCCUGCUGGUGGACGGUGACAUGAACCUCAGCAUCAUCAUGACCAUUUCCUCCACUCUUCUGGCCCUGGUGUUGAUGCCCCUCUGCCUCUGGAUCUACAGCCGGGCUUGGAUCAACACCCCUCUGGUGCAGUUGCUCCCGCUAGGGGCAGUCACCCUGACUCUGUGCAGCACUCUCAUUCCUAUUGGGCUGGGCGUCUUCAUCCGCUACAAAUACAAUCGGGUGGCUGACUACAUCGUGAAGGUGUCCCUGUGGUCUCUGCUAGUGACUUUGGUGGUUCUUUUCAUACUGACUGGCACCAUGUUGGGACCUGAACUGCUGGCAACCAUCCCGGCAGCCGUUUAUGUGAUCGCCAUUUUUAUGCCCCUGGCAGGCUACGCCUCGGGCUACGGCUUAGCUACUCUCUUCCAUCUUCCGCCCAACUGCAAGAGGACGGUAUGCCUGGAAACAGGAAGUCAGAACGUGCAGCUCUGUACCGCCAUCCUCAAGCUGGCCUUCCCACCACGCUUCAUAGGAAGUAUGUACAUGUUCCCUCUGCUUUAUGCCCUUUUCCAGUCCGCAGAAGCAGGGGUUUUGGUUUUAAUAUACAAAAUGUACGGGAGUGAGAUACUGCACAAGCGAGACCCCCUAGAUGAAGAUGAAGACACCGAUAUUUCUUAUAAGAAACUGAAAGAAGAGGAAAUGGCGGACACCUCCUACGGCACAGUGGGAACAGAUGACUUCGUAAUGAUGGAAACUACCCAGACCUCCCUCUGAACGUGGAGAUAUACGUAGGAGCCUCCGUUUGGCCGAAUUAUCACUUCCUAUUUACGACCUGCGGUAGCUCAUAUAUGGUUCACAUCCAGGAUAAGGAUGGGUUUACAGUUCAUGUAACAGAUUUGAUCUUCCUGCUGUAAUGUUGUGUCUCAGUGUUAACCAUGUGUUUUUAUACAUUACCAGUGUUCCAAUAUUGCUUGCACCUGGGUCAGCUAACGUGCGCCUCCUCUGGUUAAGCGUGCUGUGUGG